AUGGCAAUUCAGAAAGAUACUGUCCCGAUGGACAUUGACUAUGUUGACUCGCCUCCCUCGCCGACCAAGAGUGAAUCGACCCAGAGCAGCACCCUCUCCUACACAGACGAUUUUGAGACCUUGCCCUCGAACGGCCCGAACAGCCACGCACACAUCAUCAAUCUUGGCGAUUAUGUCUACAGCAAGGAAGAAGGCGCGGUUAAACUUCAAGACGCUGUAGUUACGACGCUCUUCAACACAUCGCCGGAUACGCUGAAGUCCUUCCUCAACCCCAAUGUCAACAUUUUUAAAGCGGUAUUCGGCAAGAAAGACGUCCAGUUGGUCAUCUGGCGCAAGGGCUUGGAGGUCUUCGUCGGCACUUUCGAGCAUCACACCUCGAUGAAGGCAUAUCGUUUUGAGCGCGUCGCCGGCUUUCUCAUCCGUAACGAUGGCUCCUGGCAUCUCAAGGCCACUGCCAGUAAUUCCUAUUCCGCUGCCAAGUGGCUAGACGUUUGGGCCGGCAAGUUCGAGUGCCACGGCGGCGUUGCCAAGAUGACUGUCGAGUUUGGCGAGGUGGAGAUGGCCAAGAGCGCGUCAGCUUUGGCAGUUGCUAUGAUCGGCGGCAAUUACUGGGAGUUGAAGACCGACGUCAAGACGACUUGA